AUGGGGAAAAGAAAGGGAGGGCCACUAUGGAUAUUCUGCCUAAUUUGGAGUUAUUGCGAGGGCAAAUCACCAGUGCAGAUAGUCCAGCGCCCUGCAGUCACCAGGAGUGAAUGUUCCACCUGGGGCAGUUUCCACUUUCAGACAUUUGACCAUGUUAAAUUUGAUUUCCCUGGAAUCUGCCACUAUGUUUUCGCCUCGCACUGCAAUGACAGCUACCAGGACUUCAACAUCCAAGUCAAGCGCAGCGACAAGAAUGGAUUUCCAGUCUGCUUCACUGCUACCAUUGAUGGAGUGCUUCUAGAGGUGAAAGAGUCAGGCAUCACAGUGAAUGGACAUGAGAUUCCCCUUCCCUUCAGCUUGAAGAGCAUUUUGAUUGAAGACACCUGUACUUACUUCCAAGUCACAUCCACGCUUGGCCUGACUCUCAAGUGGAACUGGGCUGACACUCUCUUACUGGACUUGGAAGAUACAUACAAGGGGAAAACAUGUGGUCUGUGUGGGAACUAUGAUGGCAAUGAGGAGAAUGAUUUGCAUUUGAAUGGUUAUAAACUACUCCCGAGGCAGUUUGGAAACCUUCACAAAGUAGAGGAGCCCUCAGAAAAGUGCCCUGAUGUAGCUGAAGAUGAAGAUGCCAAAAACCAUAAAAGUCGCUCUCCUCAACAAAAAAAUAAAUGUAGUAAAUAUAAAUCAAAAUGCAAGAAACUCCUAGCCCAUCUUGGGAACUGUUCCAGAGUGGUUGCUUUUGAUGACUAUGUAGCCACCUGCACCGGAGACAUGUGCAUCUGUGCAAAGAAUUCUUCUUCUGAUUCUGCUUUGGUUUCCAGCUGCAUAUGCAGCACCCUUAGCCAGUAUUCCCGAGACUGCGUCCUGAAUGGGGGAAUCCCUGGGAAAUGGAGAACCAAAGAUCUUUGUUUCCAGGAAUGUCCAAACAACCUGGAAUAUAUGGAAUGUGGAAACCCCUGUGCCGACACAUGCGCCAAUCCAGAGAGGAGCAAGAUCUGUAAAGCCCCAUGUACUGAUGGUUGCUUCUGCCCUGCUGGGACUAUUCUCGAUGACAUGAAUGGCAACAAAUGCAUCCCCACUAACAGCUGUCCAUGCAUGUUUCAAGGCAAAGUCUAUGCAACUGGAGGGUCCUACUCCACUCCUUCUCAAAACUGUACCUGUGCUGGUGGCCGAUGGGUUUGUGUAUCUCUGCCUCUUUCUGGAAAUUGCAACGUGGAGGGAGGGUUCCACAUUACUACGUUUGAUAACAAAGAGUUCAUUUUUCAUGGCAAUUGUCAUUAUGUCUUAGCUAAGGACAAUGGCAGCAGCUUUGUGGUUGUUGGAGAGAUCAUUCAGUGUGGGAUAUCAAGCACUAUGACUUGCUUGAAGAAUGUAUUAGUCACAUUAAGAGCCCUUAAUAUCCGACUCUGUUCCUGUGGAAAUGUCUAUAUCAAUAAUUUCAUUGCAGUGCUGCCAAUAACUAGAGAUGGCAUCACUAUCUUCAGACCGUCUACAUUCUACAUCAACAUCUUGACCUCAUUUGGAGUACAGAUCCAAGUGCAAAUAAAACCCAUUAUGCAGCUGUUCAUAACAGUGGAUGACUCUUACCAAAAUCACACAUCUGGUCUUUGUGGCAAUUUCAACAACAUCCAGAUUGAUGACUUUCGGACAGUUAGUGGAGUUGUGGAGGAUUCAGCUUCAGCCUUUGGUAACUCAUGGAAGACUAGGGGCAGCUGUCCUGAUGUUGAAGAUAACUUUCAGGACCCUUGUGCAAACAGUGUGGACAAAGAAAAAUUUGGGCAGCACUGGUGUGAACUUCUGUCUAACACAAGUGGUGUAUUUGCUUCCUGUCAUUCCGUUGUAGAUCCCUCAUCAUAUGUCAAGAACUGUGUUUAUGACACUUGUAAUGCUGAGAAGAGUGAAGCGGCCCUGUGUAGCGUGCUCUCUACAUACUCCAGAGAUUGUGCUGCAAGAGGAGUACACCUGAAAGGCUGGAGGCAUGGGGUCUGUGAUGUCUCUAAGGACUGUCCUGAAACGAUGGUAUUCAGCUACGAUGUGAAGUUCUGUAACCACUCCUGCCGCUCCCUGAGCGAGCCUGAUCUGCUGUGUAAUGUCCAGAGCACUCCUGUAGAGGGCUGUGGUUGUCCCAAGGAGACCUACCUAAAUGCUGAUGAAUGUGUGUCUCCAGAAGACUGUCCAUGUUACUACAAAGACAAGACAAUUCAAGCUGGGAAAUCAUUCCAAGAGGACAAACUCAUGUGCAAAUGUAUUCGAGGAAGAUUAGACUGCAUUGGAGAAGCCAUAAUGAAAAAAGAUUGUCCUGCUCCUAUGUUUUACUUCGACUGCAGUUCUGCCGGCCCAGGAGCAAUUGGAUCUGAGUGUCAGAAAAGUUGUAAGACACAGGAUAUGCAGUGUUAUGUCACAGAAUGUGUCUCUGGCUGCCUGUGCCCCAAUGGGCUUGUAUCUGAUGGUAAAGGGGGCUGCAUUGCUGAGGACCAGUGUCCAUGUGUCCAUGGAGAAAAUUUCUAUAACCCUGGGGAAAGUAUCACAGUCCGCUGUAACACAUGCACAUGUAAUAACAGACAGUGGAACUGCACAGAGAACCCUUGCCAGGGAACGUGCACCGUGUAUGGAAAUGGACAUUACUUGAGCUUCGAUGGAGAAAAGUUUGAUUUCAUGGGAGAUUGCGAUUAUAUCCUAGCUCAGGACUUUUGCCCCAAUAACCCCAAUGAUGGCACCUUCCGAAUUGUAACUCAAAACAAUGCGUGUGGGAAAUCACUCUCCAUCUGUUCCUUGAAGAUCACAUUGAUUUUGGAGAACAUUGAAAUCAGACUCCUGGAAGGAAAAAUUCAAGAGAUAACCACUGAGCCAGAUGCUGUAAAGAAUUACAAGUUGGAUCUCAGGGGGGUUUAUAUUGUGAUUGAAACUUCCCAGGGAAUGACCUUCAUGUGGGACCAAAAGACCACAGUAAUUGUUCUAGUGGCACCCUCUUUCCAGGGCAAAGUCUGUGGCCUUUGCGGUGAUUUUGAUGGCCGUUCAAAGAAUGACUUUACAACCAGAGGGCAGUCAGUGGAGAUGAGAGUGCAGGAGUUUGGGAACAGCUGGAAAGUCACCAGCAGCUGCUCAAACAUAAACAUGACUGACCUGUGUGCUGAUCAGCCUUUCAAAUCUGUACUGGGACAAAAGCACUGCAGCAUUAUCAAGAGCAAUGUCUUUGGGGCCUGCCACAGUAAGAUCAACCCGAUGCCAUAUUAUGAGUCUUGUGUGUCUGACUUCUGUGGCUGUGACAGCGUGGGAGACUGUGAAUGCUUCUGUACCUCAGUAGCUGCUUAUUCAAGGAGCUGUAAUAGAGUUGGUGUCUGUAUUGACUGGAGGAGACCUAGCAUUUGUCCUGUGUUCUGCGAUUACUACAAUCCACCUGACAAACACGAAUGGUUCUAUAGGCCAUGUGGAGCCCCCUGUCUAAAGACCUGCAGGAAUCCACGGGGCAAAUGUGGUAACCUGCUGUAUAGUUUAGAAGGCUGUUACCCAGAAUGCAGCACUGAGAAGCCAUAUUAUGAUGAGGAACGAAGGGAAUGUGUCUCGCUGCUCGACUGCAUGUCAUGCAACCCUAAAGAAAAACUGUGCACAGAGGACUCCAAGGACUGCCUCUGCUGCUACCAGGAAAAGACCUACACCUUAAAUGAAAGUAUAUACAGUCAAACAGAUGGGGUCAGCUGCUGGAAGGCUGUCUGUGGCCCUAAUGGGAAUAUCAUUAGAACAUUCAUUCCUUGUGGAACAUCUACAAUGGUGCCUGCUAUAGAGGAGUCAGGGCCCAAACCCAAGGGAAGCACAGAUGAAGAAUCGGAAAUCACUUCCCCAAAGUCACGGAGGUCAGGAGUAGGGAACAUUAUAGAAGUACCUUCUACCACAUCGACACCAGCAAUAACCAGGGCAUCCCCAUGCUAUUGCAAUGUAAAUGGACAGCUGAUAUCUCAGGGGAAUAUUGUAUCUCAGACAACUGAUGGUUUGGGUCGGUGUUUUUACUCCAUAUGUAAUGCCUCAUGUCAGAGUGAGUUAAUCCAGGGAGAAUGUGCAACCACUCCAAGACCGAGCACAGCUCCUGAGCAGCCCAGCGACCACUGUGAUUCAGCUUUACAGAAUGGACGUUGUGAAAACACUCCUACAAGUGCAGCAAACACAUCUGCUCCCAAAGUAACUCCUAUGAGAGACUGUCCAUAUCUCAGUCCUCCUAGAAAGUUUAAUGAAUCAUGGGACUUCGGAAAUUGUCAAAUUGCCACUUGCUUGGGAGGUGGAAAUGAUAUUAAACUGUCCAAUGUGAAUUGCCCUCCUCAACUAUUAAACCUCUGUGUCAAUGGUUUCCCACUCACAAAACACUAUGAUGAAACUGGCUGCUGUGAAGUGUUUGAGUGUCAGUGUGUAUGCAGUGGGUGGGGAAAUGAACAUUACGUGACUUUCGAUGGAACAUAUUAUAAUUUCCAGGGGAAUUGCACCUAUCUCCUGGUGAAGCCAAUCCAGCCUGACUCUCAGAGCUUCUGGAUUCACAUGGACAACUACUACUGUGGUACAACUGAUGGAGCAAUUUGUUCAAAGUCCCUUGUCAUUUUUUAUAAGAAUUCCAUGGUGAUUCUGACACAAGCAGUAGAACAUAGGAAAGAAACCAACUUGGUUCUGUUUAACAAUAAGAAGGUUGUGCCAAAUGUUUCCAAGAAUGGUAUCAUCAUAACCAGUUCUGGCCUCUACGUUGUGGUUGAAAUACCUGAACAAAAACUGUAUGUCUCCUAUGGACGACUUAUGUUUUACAUAAAACUCCCUUUCAGCACCUUUUAUAACAAUACCCUGGGGCAAUGUGGUACAUGCACCAACCAAAAGUCUGAUGAUGCUAUGAAGAGGAAUGGUGAGAUUGCAGACUCCUUCAGAGAGAUGGCUUUAGACUGGAGAGUGCCAGAUCCUACCAACAGAAAUUGUGAAUUAAGUACCCUGGCGCCCGCUUGGACAGAGACCUCAUUAUCCAAAGUGGGAGCUUGUGCUCCCAGUGCUCUUUGUAAACUCAUCUGGAAUUUGACAGGCUGUCACAGUGCCAUUCCCCCUCGACCUUACUAUGAGGCUUGUGUUGUGGAUGGCUGCUCAGCAUUACCCCAGAAGACCGAAUGCCAAAGCCUUCAGACCUAUGCGGCCUUGUGUGGAUUCCAUGGAAUCUGUGUUGACUGGAGGAGCAAAACUAACGGGCUGUGUGAAGCCAAAUGUUCUCAGGACCAGAUCUACAAGCCAUGCGGGGGAACAGAAAGAAGCACAUGCUUCAGCAGGUGGGUCAUUUACUCCACCAUCCCCUUGCAAGAUAAGGAUCCAGUACUUGUUGAAGGGUGUCACUGCCCUGAUGGAAAGAUCCUGCUGAAUAAUCUUGAUGGCAUUUGUGUUUCUGUCUGCGGCUGUAUUGGACCUGAUGGAUUAGUGAAACAGCCUGGAGAGAAAUGGGAACAUGAUUGUCAGUACUGCACCUGCAAUGAGGCGACCUUGAAUAUCUCUUGUUCACCCCACUCUUGUGUUAAGUCUCUGCCAGUCAACUGCACUAAAGAAGGAUUUGUUCCUAAAACACGACCCCGUUCAGAAGAUCCCUGCUGUCCAGAGACAGUGUGUGAAUGUGAUGUAAAGUCCUGUUUUCUCAUCAAAAGACAAUGCGAUUUAGGCUUCCAGCCAGUGGUAGCUAUUUCUGAGGAUGGCUGUUGUCCUAUUUUUUCCUGUAUACCAAAAAGUGUAUGCGUUUCUGAAGGAGUUGAAUAUAAGCCAGGGACAAUGGUGCCUAAAAACUCUUGUGAAGAUUGUUUGUGCACUGAAAAGCAGGACCCUGCUACACAAACUAACCAAAUUCAGUGCACGCCAGUAAAAUGCUCAACUGAUUGCCGGCAGGGUUUCCGCUACACCAGAGAAGAAGGCAGGUGUUGCGGUCAGUGUGUGCAGGUGGCCUGUGUGGCGAAGCUUCCAUCUGGCAUUGUGACCAUUGAGGUUGGGAAGACCUAUAAAGUUCUGGAGGAUAACUGUACUCUGUAUAAUUGCACUCAGUCAUCAGGCCAGUUUGUUUUGACUAGCACAAUAAUAUCCUGCCCAGCGUUUGAUCCGUCAAACUGUGUCCCAGGAACUGUUGCGACAACUUCAGAUGGAUGUUGUAAGACAUGUAUCCCAUUGUCAAAUGUUUGCAAACUGAAGCUGAAAAAAGAAUACAUCACUCACAAGAGCUGUAAAUCAGCAGCUCCUGUCCUAGUGCCUUCAUGUGAAGGGUCCUGCGGUACAUACUCUGUGUAUGCUUUUGAUGUCAGUAAAAUGAAACACAAAUGCACUUGCUGCCAUGAAACAAAGAGCCAUGAGAUGAAGGUGGAAUUGAUUUGCUCUAAGAGGAAGAGAAUCGAAUACACAUAUGUUCAUGUAGAUGAGUGUGACUGUGUGGAGACAAAAUGCCAAGAGAAAAAGCCAUAAAGACAAAGUGCUGGAGAAACAUCUAUUUUUAAUGCUUCACCUGUGAAUAGUUUAGAACAUAGCUGUGAGUGUUCGCUGACCUUUUAAUGAGGUUCCUUCCCUCCUUUGCUUUUCCUUCCAGUAAUCUGUACAAUUGUGGAAAUUUACUAAAGGA